AAAUUAAGAAAACAUAACCUGUUCCGACGCGGCGCAACCAACGUCGCUGCAGAAAGCCCCUCGGCGGGAACAAGAAGGCAAAGUACAAUCGAGGUGCGGCGACCUUCGUCGAGGAAUUAUUUCUCGGGCAGACUGUGACAUCUGCGCGAAGAAACGUCAGAGGUGGAAGAGUGAAAGUUUGUUUACAAACAAAGCGAAAGUUGCGCGAUCAGGUGUGAAUUGGAACGUGGAAAAUUUAUGCGGUAUUUAGCAGACGAAAUUGUUUGCUACUUGUAACUGCUUUACAGUGUACUGUGCUGCCUGAAGACCACAGCUGAACUGCACUUCUCAUCGGCUCCUCUGCAAAGUGGCCGGCAAUUGGGGUUAUCUGUGCUUGCCCGUAAAUCUGGUUUAUUCUCUGUGAGAGAUUGUUAAAUACAGUGUUGAACUAGGGUGACCGAUCUUUUAGCCAUUCCUUACACUUAAAAAUCAACGGUGUUAAAUUGCUGAAAAGAGCCCGAAAUUCGUCUCAACAUAAUCUAAAAGAUCGUCCGAGUAUCUACAAUAGAGAAUGGCCAAUUGCCAAGUAUGUGAGCAGCCGGACACGGACAGGAUGGCGAACUGCUGCAGGUGCGGAUCGUGGUUGCACUUUGAGUGCAUAGCAACAAGCAGCAGCGUCGUGUUGCAAGACCGUUCUGUUAUCUGCCCCCGCUGCCAGUAUCCGGCCAAUCCGGCGCCUUUGGUGCCCGAGAAGGCGAAAAUCUCGAAGGCAGGUUCUGCUCGAUCGGGUGCAAGUGCUGUCCGGUCGGCUACCGGAGUACGAACCAGGUUGGCCGAGCUGAAGUUGCAAAAGCUGGAAGAGCAGAAGAAGCUCGCGUUGCUGCGUCUGGAGAUGGAAGAAAAACAGCGUGAAGCGGAGCUUGCGGUCCAGAAGCAGCAGCAAGAUGCAGAGCGCGCAGCGAAGAAGCAACGGCAGGAAGCAGAACUCGCGGCUCUGAAACUGCAGGUGGAAACGGAAGCGCUCGAAGAGACUUUCCGGUUGAUGGAGGAGAUCGAACGAGCGGAAGAAGAAGACGACGGUAAGAGUGUGGCUUCGGAGCAAAGCUCACGCAGUAAGGUUAGGCUAUGGCAAGAACAACAAACUCUGAGCUCGACGCGUAUAGGCCCGGCGGAGACUGCAGCUGGAACUGGUCAGCAGGGGAGAAACCCGACGACAUCCAGGACAAGCACUAGUCAGGUGGAACGACCGGCUGGUGAUGGAUCCGUUCUGGAUAGGGCGUUAGUGGGAAUCUCCUUGAAUGAGUCAGGAGUUCAGUCGACGUUAGGAGGGUUUAUAGGAAGGGUAUCAGAUAUCAUUGUGCCGACACGUGCCACGAAGCCACUUGUACCGGAAGUAGCUCCGGGACCAAGUACUGCGGAUCUUUCUCCUCAUCCCAAGCAUUCUACCCCUCUUCCCCCCAACGAUACCUCUGUCAAGCCCACCAGUAUGAUCCAGAGUCUUCUGUCAAGUCUACCAUUUGCGAAGCCGGAAGUAAGUGUGAAUAGUGUCCAAGGGUAUACACAGAAAACGAACUCCGGAACUCAACCGGGUCCACAGCCGCCAGCUGGUGGACAUUCGCAGUCGCAGACUGGGACUGAAGCAGUCCCAACAGGAGGUGAUCUGACGCCCGUUCCGAAGUCUACUGGACAGAAGGAAUCAACGCUGCCAGAGGGGUAUCACAACCACCAAGGGAAUCGGAACGCUGACUUCUUCGAAACCCCACCGGAAGUCUACUGUGGUCCGACGGCGCAACAGCUCGUGGCCAGGCAGGUGAUCUCAAGGGAGUUACCCGUGUUUACGGGAAAUCCGGAGGACUGGCCGCUGUUUAUCAGCGCCUACGUCAACACGACGAAUGCUUGCGGGUAUUCGAACGCGGAGAACUUGUCCAGAUUGCAGAAGUUCGUGAGAGGAUACGCGUACGAAAGGGUGCGAGGUCGUUUACUACAUCCGGCGGGAGUUCCACAUGCGAUCGCAAUGCUGGAAAUGCUAUUCGGCAGACCGGAGAUCCUUAUACACACGCUGCUGGAAAAGGUGCGUAGCGCACCCGCGCCGAAAGCGGAUCGGCUAGAGUCGUACAUCGACUACGGCUUGGCGGUUCAGCACUUGUGUGAUCAUCUGGAGGCCGGUGGACACGAAGCACACUUGAACAACCCGAUGCUGUUGUUUGAGUUGGUGGAGAAGUUACCACCAAGUGCGAGAUUGGACUGGUCGCUGUAUAAGGAGCGGUGCGAAAAAGUCAACGUCUCUGCGUUUGCGCGCUACACGUCGGCGUUGAUGAAAGCGGCAUCGGACGUGACGCUCAGCUACGGCUUCAAACAGCAACAACAGCAUACGCGAUGUGCGAAACCGGACAAGGGCGGCAAGGACAAAGACUUCUGCGGUGCGCAUUCUGCCGAAGAGAUGCCACGGACGCUGGUCAAAGAAGAAGCAGAGAAGAAAGCUGCAGCAGCGUGCUUCGUCUGCAAGGACAUCAAGCACCGCAUGAAAGACUGUGCCGAGUUCGCCAAAAAGGCGCUAGAGGAACGCUGGAAGAUUGUCGAUAAGUUUAGGCUGUGUCGCGGCUGUUUGGGAGUUCACGGGACAAAACCGUGUCGAACCAGCGAUAAAUGUGGGAUCGACGGGUGCCAAAAGCAGCACCAUGUUCUGCUGCAUUUGAAGCAGAUGCCGGAUGAAACGGAGCCGAAGCACGCUGGGCCGAAGCGGGAGAAGGAUGAGUCGAAAGCGUUCGAAUCAAACUCUAUCACCAACCAUCAUUACGCCGGGAAGACGGCGCUUUUCCGUAUCAUCCCAGUAGAGCUGCACGCAAACGAACGUUCGGUGUCGGCCUACGCAUUUCUGGAUGACGGAUCGUCGCGGACGAUGGUGGACGAGGAGAUUGCGAAGGAACUCGGUGUCGAGGGUGAGGUGCUUCCGCUGUGCUUGCAGUGGACAGCGAACGUCAAGCGCACCGAAUCGGAGUCCCAGCGAAUCACGCUGGAGAUUUCCGAUGGUGAAAAAGGUGCCAGAUACGCGCUGAACGACGUGCGGACGGUCAGAAAGCUGGAUCUGCCUCAACAGUCGUUGCGGUACUCGGAGCUGGCUAAGACAUUCCCGCAUCUGCAGGGCUUGCCUGUGAAGGACUACAACAAUGCUAUGCCACGCAUUCUCAUCGGCAACGACAACGUGCAUGUGACGACGAUGCUUAAGGUCCAGGAAGGGCAACCUGGAGAACCAAUUGCGGCAAAAUCGCGACUCGGAUGGACGGUUUACGGCAAGCAGUACGAGUGUCAGGACGAUCAGAAGUGGCAUGGCCAGAAGGAAUCUGGGACGAAGUUGGCGGAAGUCGAGAGGACCCAGGAGCAGAAGAAACAGGCCAACCAGUGCCUCGAAACGCUGAAGAACUUCAAUGCGGUUCUCACACGGGUCGGGGCGAGCGAUCUCGUGAAGUGCGAUGGUUCAGACAAAACCGAUCCGAGGAAGAAAGUUCCAACAAAACGGCACGAUCCACUCGCACAACUCGUUCUGGUCGGAAGGGAGAAUUUGGUGAGUGGGAACAAGAAUCAACUGAAGAAGCGUGGAUGGCAAGGAAUAGGAGAGGGUCAGAGGAAGUCUACGACGAACGUACGCGAUCGGAGGAACACUCAGAUACCAGGUGUAAGAGUUCUAGGUGCGGCAAACCUAGCGCGCUCGGAAAUUGAUGGGUGUAAGCCGGAGCCGGAGGUACCAAACCAGCUUAACGGGUCGGGGAACUGUUCCGACGCGGCGCAACCAACGUCGCUGCAGAAAGCCCCUCGGCGGGAACAAGAAGGCAAAGUACAAUCGAGGUGCGGCGACCUUCGUCGAGGAAUUAUUUCUCGGGCAGACUGUGACAUCUGCGCGAAGAAACGUCAGAGGUGGAAGAGUGAAAGUUUGUUUACAAACAAAGCGAAAGUUGCGCGAUCAGGUGUGAAUUGGAACGUGGAAAAUUUAUGCGGUAUUUAGCAGACGAAAUUGUUUGCUACUUGUAACUGCUUUACAGUGUACUGUGCUGCCUGAAGACCACAGCUGAACUGCACUUCUCAUCGGCUCCUCUGCAAAGUGGCCGGCAAUUGGGGUUAUCUGUGCUUGCCCGUAAAUCUGGUUUAUUCUCUGUGAGAGAUUGUUAAAUACAGUGUUGAACUAGGGUGACCGAUCUUUUAGCCAUUCCUUACACUUAAAAAUCAACGGUGUUAAAUUGCUGAAAAGAGCCCGAAAUUCGUCUCAACA